ACCCGCCAUCUCAUCGCCGUAAAUGUAAACAUGUUACUCCCACCGACCAGACCUCUCGAUAACAGGCUUUAAGCAUGUUCUCGCCAACCCAUGCAAAAGUACUCAGGAGAAAAUCUCAAUAACGUCUCUCUGAGGGCGGCCUGAUCCGCAGACGGAGCCGUGAUGGCUCACAAGAAGGCCCAACAGCAGGAGAUGGUCCAGGUUGGUUCGUGUCCCCUCCAUUUCGAAUAACCCUCUUGCGUUCUCUGAAUUAAGAGUGCUAGCUGACGCGGAGGUGCGCCGUAGAUAGAUCAGAACGACCAUCUUCGCCGUUCUGGCGAGGAAGGCCAUCCACGCCUCGUCAGACCUCGGGACAGCCAACCAAGGUGUUUGGCGCCUCAUAUUCCCACGCCGACAUGCUCAAGUUUGAGUCAUUAAACCUGGGACCACAUUCGAGGCCAAGGACACCUCCGGCGACAUCGGCCCGACGAACAUCGCAAACUCCUCCGUCAGACAGGCCGCACUUCCAGUCCCCAGAACGAAAACCUUACUCAGGCUACACCUCAUCCGCAUUGGGAGAGAGCUGGGACUUAGCUGGUGGAGGAGACCUUGAAGGAGACGACGACGAUCUGGUUUAUGAGGACGAUGAAGAUGAGUUUGGGCUGCCUAGCCUUGCAAGCAUGCGUCGAAAGAGGAGUAUAAAGAACAAGGCGCUGAAAGCCGAGCAAAUCGCGUAUCCGAGUCUGUCACAAACUACGUCUGCUCCAGCCCUGGCACCAUCCCCAUUCCCACGCACUGUCAGAUCGAACAGUUUCGAUAUUGCGGAAGAGCGGAACCCGCUCUCGUAUCCAAGCACAAAGAAAGGAGAAGGCAAGAUCUUGAGGCCUCAAUACAAAGACAUUCUGAGGGACCCAGCAAACUCGCUUCACCUCAUCAACUUCCCUUCCCUGCCGUUGAAUGCGACCCCGAAAGAAGCAGAGGCCCAUAGCACGCGGAUCUCCCGAAUCAACAAGUUCAAGCGAAUAUUACAAGCGAGUUCUGUGUCUUUGCCAGAUUUGCGAGCUGCGGCUUGGUCAGGGAUACCCGAAGAGGUGCGCGCUAUUACGUGGCAGAUUCUUCUUGGUCAUCUGCCAACCAACAGUGAACGACGGGUCGCAACCCUCGAGCGAAAGCGGAAGGAAUAUCUUGAUGCCGUGCAACAAGCUUUCAGUUCAGGGACAAUGGCAAGCAGGAAUGCAUCGAGCACAGGACUCGCGGGGCUUGCUUCACAGCCAUCAGUCAGCACAGGUCGCGGGAGAGGAUUGGACGAGGCGAUUUGGCAUCAGAUCAGCAUUGAUGUGCCUCGGACGAACCCUCAUAUACCGCUGUAUGGGUUCGAAGCCACACAACGCUCCCUCGAACGCAUUCUUUAUGUGUGGGCUAUCCGGCAUCCAGCAAGCGGAUAUGUGCAAGGGAUCAACGACCUAGCUACGCCCUUCUGGCAAGUCUUUCUCGGCACCUAUAUCACGGACCUGAAUAUUGAAAGCGGAAUGGAUCCCGGCCAAUUACCGAGGCCGGUCCUCGACGCCGUCGAGGCAGACACGUUUUGGUGCCUGACGAAGCUGCUGGAUGGCAUCCAGGACAACUACAUCGUCGCGCAGCCUGGCAUUCAUCGGCAAGUUGCUGCUCUGCGAGACUUGACCACCAGAAUCGAUUCAGGCCUGGCGAAGCAUUUUGAAAAUGAGCACGUGGAAUACAUGCAAUUCAGUUUCAGGUGGAUGAACUGCCUGUUAAUGCGAGAAUUGAGUAUCAAGAGCGUUGUUCGCAUGUGGGAUACGUACAUGGCCGAAGAGAAUGGCUUUUCUCAGUUUCACCUCUAUGUGUGCGCAGCAUUUCUCGUUAAGUGGUCCGACAAGUUGAUGAAGAUGAAUUUUCAAGAAAUCUUGAUGUUCUUGCAAGCAUUGCCGACUCGCGAAUGGACGGAAAAGGAUAUUGAGCUCCUUUUGAGCGAAGCUUUCAUUUGGCAGAGCCUGUUCCGCGGCUCAAGGGCGCAUCUGCGGACCCAAAAUAGCACCGUUCCGAUGGGUUCGCUUGGUCCUUCCACUUAACCAUUUAUCCUGCGAUCGACUAUCCUCUCUUCCUCCAUCGGGAAUCCGGCCCUCCAGUCGAUGUGUCUCCACCAAAUCGUUUGUCCAGAGGACUUGGGAUCCUCAUAUAGUCACUUCGGAUCUCCCUGAUCCCGAUCUGACAAGACUAGAAGUGGACGCUCGACGUUUCUAUAACGCACCCCCUUGAGCACGAGCUGACGGCAGGUGGAAUAUCAGGUCGACGACUCCAGUAUUUCAGAUUCGCGUCGUCUACGCUGAUGACAAAGGAGAGGGCCGACAAAAAUGUGAUCGUCUCUACAGUUAUCGCGACUUGCCUUUUCGUCAAUGCAAAGUGGACACGAGUGCUGUCCCCUCCGCUAGAUGGAGCAAGCCAUCCUCGUCAUUCAAGGGCCUUAUUGGACGGUCUUGCCAUUCUCCUCCAUGUCAAACAGGGUCUGUCCGAACAGCUGUGUCAAAGUUGCUUGUGGUGUCAGAAAGUAAGCGCUCGGCUUUACAGAUGCUGCGCUUGGAUAGCUGUGAGAUAAGUCGGCUGGUCCGGGACAUUGCGAGAUCGGCGUCUGCCGCAAGAGUUCGGAAAGAUAGUGGUACGUAAGAAAAGGAGGGUUGAGAUCGCGAGCCCAGGGAAAUUCGAAGCCAGACCCAGCCCUCAUGCACGGGGCUUGUUUCUUGCCACGCGGCGCCUAUCGCGAGUUUACCAGCAUAUUGAUCGCCAAUCUCAGCGCGAAUGCCGAUGAUACUGCUUGCUGUGUCAAGCCUUCAAGGGUUGAGGGGCGACCUGCUCCAAGGGGACAAAGAGUUCUAUGCGGUUUCAGUACAUCUGACGUAUAAGCCUCGUUCUCCAAGGCACCCUGAGCGGCGCAUUGCGGCCAAUUUCUCGAGUCAUCUUUUGGUUAUCGUGAAGAGCUGACCAUGAUUCUCAUGCAUAGAGCUGAUUCACCUCUGCCGUAACGUGACGAGGGAAAGAGCAUGUUGGUAUCGCAGACUCAUUCGGCGUCCGUUGAAAUGUCGGAGUUGAACUCGUCACUGGCCAUUCCUUUCCGGAACCCUGGCUAGGGUGGUCUUGAAGUUCUGCAAGAAAAGGAGAAAUACAGCAUUAAUGGACAACACUAUCAAUUGGCAACUAGCCAAGAGAGCUUCUAGGAUCAACUGACAUUCGGUGAAUCGUUCCACUUCAACAAACGGAUGUAGCGUGUUCGAUGUUGGCACUGCAUAGAUUUUUCAACGUAGAAAUCGUUGUUCCAUAGAUGUCGAGAUGUGACAACUUGGGAAUGUGCUACAAUGAAGGAGCAGAGCUGGGAAAUAGGGGUGCAGGUUGACAAAUACUC